AUGGACUUUAAUUUUGGCCGUAGUGCCCCUUCAGGCUCCGCCUCUGGUUCUUCCUCCAACUGGCUCGGUUAUGGUCAGCGCGUUGCGAUGCCAAACCCAUCUCCUGGUGCGCCAAAUGCCAUGGCAGACGACGAUGUUUCUUUCGCUGAUUCCUAUCGUCCCGAGACUUCUCCUCUAUUCAAUCCACUUUAUGCACCUCGCAACAACGCUGCCGAGACCGCGUCUUCGAUGAGUCCCGGGCCUGCACCUACUUGGCCUUGGCAGCGCGAUGCCUCGACUCUCGAUAACACAUUGAACAGCGAUAAUUUCGGUUCGCCUGAUGUAUCCCCUCUACCAGUAAAGCCAGAGCCACAUGAGCACGCCCCGCUGUCGCCCGAACAGCCAGCCGUAGAGGAGUCUAUUGUUCAGCAGGAUACCAUAGAGGAAAUUGUCCGGGUCGAAAUUGAUAUAGACACUCCAGCUGUCGAGGAGUCGCGGGUUGAGGUUUACGAGCACACCGAAAUCAUUAUUCAGUCAUCAGAGGAACAACCAGAGCAAACAUCCCCACAGAACGAGCGUGACAAUGAAGUCACAGCAGGCGAAACCGAUCGUGUCGAAGAAACACCCACUGAUGCAAACACCGACCUGCUGGGCGAUACCGAGAAACUUGUUGAUGGCCAGAAAACUCCUUUACAAGAGCAGUCGAAGUCAACUGAACCCAGUUCAGCUCCAGCUGCAGGACCCAGCAAGCUCAGGACCGCUUUGCUUUCCCUAGGAAGUGGAAUAAUGAAGCGCAUGUCAGCACCGCCAUCUGGAGCAGUUGCGACUUCCGAACAAGAUGAUGCCCAGGUUGGGCGAGCUGUGUCAGCACAGCCUGAGCAGCAGGUCGAGAUAGGAGCUUCAACACCAUCCCUUGUCGUUGAACUCAAGAAGAUGUCAGAGACCGAAAAAGCAUCCUUCACCGAGGUAUCCGAUUCCGACGAAGAAGAUAUACCUGCCAAGCCUGUCUCUGUACCUUCCGCAAAGCGAGGUCGACCUAGAAAACAGAGUCUUGCUGGCAAGUCUACAGCAUCUGCCACCAAGCCUGCUCGUGGGCGUCGCAGUAUCGCAUCUGCGCCCGCGUCUCCUGCAGUCAAGAAAACCCCUGCCUCAGUCGUCGUACAACGCGCCCGCAAGUCUAUGCCAGCAAGUACCACUGUUGAUGAAACUCCUAAGAAGCGAGGACGACCGCGAAAGAGUGAUGCUGUAGCUACCCCACCUCCGCCCCCAAGCACUGCAAAGAGAGGCAGACCGAGAAAAUCUGAAGCCACUCCAAUCGCUGUCCCGAGCGUGUCGAAACCUGUGUCUGCUAGAGGUCGCCGAGUUGCUAGUGCUAGUAAGGCCGCCGUCACGCCUCAAAGGCCUACCGCCGUUCAUACUCCCAAAACAGCUAUUGGACUGCGGGCAGCCGCAACACCCACGUCAACCCCUAGACCACGUGGCCGACCACCCAAGAACCCCAAGCCGGUGGAAGAAGCCGAGCCUGAGGUAGAGAUGCUCAAGCGCGCUGGCCGUGCAAGCCGACCCUCCGACGCAACAGAAGAUGCCCCUCCUAAGACCACUCGUGCUGUUUCCUCUCCUGCCAAGCGUGGCCGACCAGCAAAGAAAGUUGCUUCUUCUCCUGCCCCAAAGACCGAAGUUCAAACAGCCACAGAAAGAGGACGCCGUGUUGCUGCUGACCCCAAGGAAGAAGCUCCUGCUGAAACACCCAAACGACGCAGCCGCCCUGCUGCCAAGGUCGAGGCACCACCAGUUGAAGAACCCGCCUCUGAGCCUAAGACUCGAAAGCGUGGCCGUGCAGCCGCUACAGAAGAUGCUCCUGCCGAGGAACCAGCCCCUAAGAGACGCGGCCGUAUAGCCAAGCCUGUUCCAAAGGAGGAAUCCGCUCCCGCCCCCAAACGACGUGGUCGCGCUGCUGCUGCUUCGGAGACCACAGAGGAGUCUGUAGCUGAGCCUGCGACAUCCAAGAAGCGUGGAGCAGCCAAGACUGCCACGAAGACCAAAGACACCACUUCUGAACCUGUGGCCCCAAAGAAGCGGGGACGGGCAGCUGCUGCGGCAAAGGCUGUCGAGGAUGUGCCAGCAGAGACCACGACCAAGCGUGGUCGUGGGAAGCGAUCUGCGCCAGAACCAGAACCAGAGGCUGAAGCACCUGAGCCUGCGGCCAAGAAGCGACGUACGACAAGCAAAGCUGAGGAGCCUGCUCCUGCCAAGCCGACCAAGGCUACUUCUGGUAGAAAACCUGGACGACCGGUCAAAGCUACGAAAGAAGCCGUUGAGGAACCAGCACCCAAGCGCGGCAAGUCCGCACGCUCCAAGGCUGCCGAACCUACUCCCGUCGAAGAAGCACCCAAGCCUGCCAAGCGAGGUCGAGGUCCUGCAAAGAAGACGACAGAACCAGCUGCUAAAGCUGAAGCUGAGCCUGAAAAGCCCAAAGCUCGUGGGCGACCUGCGAAGGGAAAGUCUGGAAAGGGCGAGCUUCCAAGCUCCAAGAACGUGGACGCGCCCGCAGCUAAGCGUGGACGUGGAGCUGCGGCGAAGACCACCGCUACCAAGACCAAGACAACGGCUGCUGCUCCUACCAAGGUGACCAAGACAGGCAGGGCUGCACAGACCGGUGUCCGCAGAGGACUACGAUCAAGAGGCUGA